AUGGAUCGCACGGGCAUCAUCAUUCUCCGUGUUUUGCAAGGCCUAUUGGCUUUGGCCAAUCUGACAUUGUCUGCCUAUGUCUACAACUGGUACUCCCGCGUCGCCGACCGAUCGAGCCCCGGCGCUCUUCAAUUUCUCGUCUUUGCGCCCUGCGUGUCCAUCCUCUCCAUUGGCUACCUCGAAUUUUCCGUGCGACAAAAGCGCAUGAUCAUGGCCCACCGGCUGACGUCGAUGGGCGUCGAGGGCCUCAACGCGAUCCUCUACUUUGGCGGCUUCAUUGCCUUUGCGCUGACGCUGAGCGACUCGUCGACGGCGUGCGAGGCGGGGCUGAGCUGCACGCUCAGCCGGGCCGUGGCCGUGAUUGCGGCCGCCGAGUUUAGCGCCUGGAUCGCGUCGACGAUUUUUGCGGCCCAGGAGUGGUUUCGGAGCGAGGCGCACAUGAAGAAGGUUACGGCGGCGCGCCGCCAGAUGACCGAAGCGAAUGCGAGAUUCUAA